AUGUUGCACGAAGCUCGUCGAUUAGUGCGCGUGCAGCACGUGUUUGCAGAGGCCUCCACUGGUCUCCGUCCGCCCAGUCAAAAGUUUGAGGAUCUACACGACUUGGCUGCCGAACUGAAGCUCAAAAGUGAACUCUGGGAGGCUGUUUGUGAAGCGGACGGACACUUGAGCGCUUGCAGUGGCGACACGAUCCGCUCUGUCGACUUAGACAAGAUGAACGACGUAGCCAGCCACGUCGACUUAGUGGUGGAGAAUAUCCGCCAAUGCGCUACUCAGGUCGCUAGUAGCUUCGAACUGGAGCGUCUUGAGAAGCUGCAAGCCACGCUGCAUGGCCUGGUGCCCGUGAUCCGAGAUCUCCGCAAUCCGCACCUGGUAGAGCGACACUGGAGCAAGUUGGAGCACAAACUGCAGUGCUCUCUCCUGCCUAGCAUCAUGCAGCAGUUACUGGACGUCAACGUUGUCGCACACGCCUCAGCUAUUCGUCAUGUGUCAGAGGAGGCGUCAGCUGAAGCUGCGAUCGCUGGGAGCUUCCAGAGUCUCGUACGCACGUGGAAAAGUCAGAAUAUCCCCAUCGAAGCCAGGAAAGACCGAGACGGACGAGACGCGUACUGUAUCGGAGACUGUAGCGAGCUCACGUCGCUUAUUGAGGAGAGUCAAGUGCUGCUUCGGGUCAUGGAGUUGUCGACGUAUUCUCUCGUGGUCGAGGAGCGUCUACCGAAGAUGAUGUCGCAGUUGAACCACACGAACGAAUCGCUCGAGUUGCUACUGAUCUGUCAGCGCAAAUGGGACUAUACACAGCGUCUCGUGUCGAUUGACUUUGCGCGGACGUUUCCAGACCAAGCCAAGCAGCUACAGAAGCACGACACUUUGUGGCGAGCGUUGACGCUUGGACUCUUCAAUCGCCCGCAGUGUUUACCGUUUGGAGGGAGUACGGAGCAUCGACAGUCGCUGGUACAAGUUCUGGAGGGAUUCGAAGCAGCAGCGAAGAUAUUGGCGGAACACCUCGAGAUCAAACGUCAAGUAUUCCCAGUUCUCUUUCAACUUUCAGAUUUGGAACUCGCGACUUUAUUGUCGAAAUGUCGCGACGUCGGAUGCAUCCAGGCGUUUCUGUACCAGUGCUUCGAGAACGUUGGUAGGAUCGUGUUUGGCACUCGAGACGGGUUUCAAGAUAUCCUUCAGAUAACGUCCCGUGUUUAUGGGGAAGCGGAGACGAUUGCGAUGGGUAAAAACCUCAAAGCUCGAGGCCCCGUCGAGCAGUGGCUCGCUGCAGUGGAAAAGCGACUAGCGGAGCAGCUGCGUCGCUCUACGAAACAAGCCGUCGAAAUCCUAUCCCGAUACUCCGUUGAAGAUGAUGAAACUCCAAAACUUGAUACAAGUCGCUUCUCAGUUCAGGUGCGUCGUCAACCACACCCUUGUAUCGUUAACCACCUCCUCUCCUAA